AUGGCAAGCUGGAGAUGGGUACAAGUGUUUGAAUCCAAUUACGGUUGCGGUAGCGCAUUCAUCGCGCGCCUGCCGGGUCGUCCGCGGGCAUUGUCGGGUGCUUUUCGGGUACCUAUCGACGCUCCUCCGGUAUGGGCGUGGCGUCGCCCGUGGGUGGUCAGCAGACUCGAAGAAAUAAGUAUGAAGCUUAUAAUCCUCUUCAUUUUUCUUGCUAUCAUAAGCUUCCAGCUGUGCCUUGGUUACUCUUCCGAUGACAUUGUUAUGGAAAUGAUGGAAAACGAUGUCGGAACACAUCCACAUGAAGAAGGAGAAAAUAAGAGGGCAAAACGAUAUGCAUUUUCAAUGCCUAUCUUGCCUAUAUUUAGUACGAGUAGUUUGAGGAGCAUGGCACGCCAAUGGUUACCUCAUCGUAAAAGAUACAUAUGGAGAUCGCGAAAAGGACUCCAUAUUCUAUGA